AUGCCACCGCCGGCAACGGCAGCGGCGGCGUUCGUCGGGCCAACAAUCUCAUCCUACGCCUCCGACCACGCCUUCCUCGAAGUGUUAGACCGCUGCCCCGACCACGCCACCGCGCGGCGUGCCCAUGCCCGGAUGCUCCGCCUGGGCCUGCUCUGCCAUCCCCACCAUGCCGGCCGCCUCAUCGCCGCCUGCUGCGUCCAGCCCUCCUGGCGCGACCCCUCGUACGCCCUCCGCGUCUUCGACCACCUCGCAGUUCCACCGGAUCUCUUCACCUGGAACGUCCUCAUCCGCGCCCACGCCUCCUCCGGCGACCCCCACCUCGCCCUCUUCCUCUUCUCCCGGCUUCUCAGCGAGACCCCUCACCGCCCUGACAAGUUCACCUUUCCCUUCGCCCUGAAGGCGGCGGCGGCGCCGGCGGUGGGGGCCUCCGGCGCCAGAGAAGGGCGCGCCCUGCACGGUAUGGUCGUCAAGUCGCCGUUCCGCUCCGACGUCUUCGUGCUCAACUCCCUCUUAAACUUCUACGGUGCCGUGGGAUGCCUCGACGACGCCCGCCAGCUGUUCGAUAAGAGCCCCAAGAGGGACGUCGUUUCCUGGAACACUAUGAUCACCGCGGCCGCAAGGGCGGGCCGCUGCGACGAGGCCCUGGCGAUGUUCAGGGAGAUGGAGAUGGAGGGGCGCGCGGGUGUGGCGCCGAACGAGGUGACCGUCUUGGCGGCUCUCUCUGCGUGCGGCCAGAAGCGCGAGCUUGAGCUCGGCAGGUGGAUUCAUUCGUUCGUGGGCGCCGCCGAGCAGAGCUUGAUCCUUUCCAACGCCUUCCUCGACAUGUACGUCAAAUGCGGCAGCCUGGACGACGCGGAGCAGCUUUUCGACAGAAUGGUCCAAAAGGACGCGGUCUCCAUGACGACGAUGCUCGUCGGACUGGCCAAGGCCGGGAACUUCGAGGCGGCCGGGCAGCUGUUCGACGAAAUACCUCAUCGGGACGUGGCCUGCUGGAACGCGCUCAUCUCCGCCUACGAGCAGGGUGGCCGGCCAAAGGAGUCGAUGGAGCUGUUCCGGCGGGCGCUGGCGGCCAGCGUGGCGCCGGACCAGGUGACGCUGGUUGCCGCGCUCUCCGCCUGCGCCCAGAUGGGCGCGCUGGACAUGGGGCGCUGGAUUCACGGCUACAUGAAUAAGAACCAUCAUCAUCUCGAGCAGAACUCCCACCUGACGACCUCCCUCAUCGACAUGUACUCCAAGUGCGGCGACCUGGAGCGGGCCCUCGAGGUGUUCGCCUCCGCGGGAGAGAAGAACGUCUUCGUGUGGAGCGCCAUGAUCGCGGGCCUUGGGAUGUACGGCCGCGGGAAGGCCGCAGUGGAGCUCUUCCUGGAGAUGCAGCAGUCCCGGGUGAGCCCCAACGCCGUGGCCUUCAUUAACGUCCUCUCGGCCUGCAGCCAUGCCGGGUUGGUCGAGGAGGGUGAGCGCCUCCUCCGCGAGAUGCUCCCGGCGUACGGGGUCGAGCCUCAGAUGGAGCAUUACGCGGCCAUGGUCGACAUCCUCGCCCGCGCCGGGCGAUUCGAAGCCGCCGUGGAUCUCGUGAGGGGGCUUCCCGUGCCUCCCGGUGCUCCCGUGUGGGGAGCUCUGCUGGGGGCCUGCGCGACUCACGGGAAGACCGCGCUGGGGGAGGAGGCCUGCGGUCGCCUGCUCGAGCUGGAACCUCGGAAUGACGGGGCCUACGUGCUACUCUCCAACUUGUACGCCAAAUCGGGGAGGUGGGAAGCCGUGGGGAGGGUGAGGAAGCUGAUGAAGGAGAGAGGGCUGGCGAAGGAACCAGGACGGAGCUCGAUGGAGGUCGGCGGCGUCGUCCACAAGUUCCUGGCGGGGGACACCUCCCACCCCCGCCGGCGCGAGAUCUACGCGAAGCUGGAGGAGAUCAUGGCGAUGCUGAGGGCCUCCGGCCACUCCCCGGACACGGCGGGCCUGGUGCUGCAGCAAAUCGAGGAGGAGGAGGCCAAGGAGCGGGCGCUGUCCCUUCACAGCGAGAAGCUAGCCAUGGCCUUCGGGCUCAUCAGCACCUCCCCCCCGUCGCCGAUCCGGAUCAUGAAGAACCUGCGCGUGUGCGAGGACUGCCACUCCGCCGCCAAGCUCAUCUCCAUGGCCUACCGGCGGGAGAUAGUCCUCAGAGAUCGCCACCGCUUCCACCAUUUCCGCGACGGCUGCUGCUCCUGCGGGGACUUCUGGUGA